AUGCCGAACAGAACUACGGAGGACAGGUUAACCAGCAAUCGGGAAAAACAAAGACACAUAAUACUCUUGGCCAGCAAACGAACAGGGUCUUCGUUUCUUGGAGAAAUUUUCAAUCGAAAUCCCGAGGUCAUGUACGUGUUUGAGCCUCUGUUCCAGUUUACGGAAAAGGUGAUUGGUGGCAAGAUGAACGCCGAUGUAUUCGAUGCACAGUCGAAAGAUCGUUAUAUGUUAAUUAGGUUCGAAGAUAUAGCUAAAAACCCGCUUAAUAAAGCUACAGAUAUUUAUAAUUUUGUUCAAUUAGAAAUGCCAAUAGAAGUCAAGCAGUGGAUUUCAAACAAUACAAACAUAACAAGAGGAGAUCCAUUCAGCACAACGCGCAACUCUGCCGAUGUAGCAACACAAUG